AGCGUUCCCUCUGCCGGAGUCAGUGCCGGUCUUCUGUUUGCCGAUGGGCGUCACUGUGGAGAGCUGGCCUCUGAACACAAAGUACCAGCUGCCCAUCUUCUCCACCUUCGUCCUCACGUCCGCCUCUGGGGACAAGGUUUACGGAGCAGCCAUCCAGUUCUACGAGUCGUUCUCCAGGGAGCUGCUGUCGGAGCGGCAGAGCGUGAGGCUCGGCCUGCUCAGCGUGGUCGACCGGCGGCCGAUCACCAACCGCAGCCUGCAGGUGAAGAAGAGCAUCUGCGUCUUAUCCCACUGGCCCUUCUUCAACGUCUUCCAGAAGUUUCUCACCUUCAUCUACAGAUACUCCAUCUCCGGGCCGCACGUCCUGCCUCUCGAGAAACACAUCUCCAGCUUCAUGCACAACGUCCCGUUUCCUUCCCCCCAGCGUCCUCGUAUCCUCGUUCAG